AUGAUUCUGUUGGAUCAGCAACUCGACGAAUGGGUGCAGAAGAGUGCCAAGAAUCACGUGUUCGUGGAGACAGAGAAGAAAAUUCCGGCGUCGGCUUAUUUCUUAAUAGGCUCGUUCUCAUCCGACGGCGAUAUUCAUGUCGCGCAUGCCUCGAAAUGCCCAAUGCACAUGAGCGCGUUGGCUGAGGAUGCCGAUGAGAAGUCGAAACUUCUCGAUGACGAAUGGAUGUCCGACAAUGCCGAGCGUCUUUUGCGCAUCCUACCGGGCGGAAUUCACAUUAUCGGAAUUGCUUGGUUCUCAUCGCGAGCCGAAUUCGACGCAAGACGCAAUUCUAUUAGGAAAACAAUGGCGCGAGUUCAAAAAAUGAACAACUCGCUCACCACAAUGGGCCUUGAUGGAAGCAUUUCCGAGCAAAUGGUAACUGUCUUUUACGAGACGCCUGGCACCAAACCAGAAGGAUAUCUUAUGGAUUUCUUGAAUCGCGGCGCCGAAACCGCGGCGAAAAUCAACUUUCAAAAGCUUGAAUGGAUCUCAUUAGUUUCGAAUGCAUCAGCUCGCGUUGUCUUCAAUGUUCCUUUGAAAGACGAGAAGAAUCCCGACUUUUAUCGCGAUUUUGUCGCCACCAUACGCCAAUUUGCCACCAAUUUCUUCACCUGCGAUUUGAUGCUUCUUGACGGCGUCGUCCGCGACGACAACGAGCCCCUUAUCAAGGAUUUGAAGAAGAAUAAAAAGUCAACGGUGGAAGCGCAAUUGUUCUUGAACCCUCUUUAUAAUCGAUCAAAUCAAGCCACAGAGGAGGUUGCGUCGAACUUGCACGAAGUCAUGUUUGACAUUGAGCUGCGCGCUGCUGUCCCAAUCCGCACAAACGUGAAGGACGCGAAACGGGCACUGAAACACCAUCUAAUUAGAAAUUUGUGCUCACGAGCGGAACUCCAUUAUGAAUCUAUGGAAGUUGUGGAAGAGGUGAAUCCAUCGUCAUCCCCGUCAGUCCACCAACUUCCACGGCCAUGCACCACAGUGCUCUAUUCGCAACCAUCGAUUCUUCUCAAUGAUUUCCUCUUCGAGGCUGAUAGUGUGGAGGACGCGCAAAAGAAUUUUGAUGACAUGAUGGACCUGCAGACCAGUAUCGAACACGUCGAUGAUGGUUGGGAGCGCGCGUUGACCCCCGAGGAAAUGGACGCGAUUCGGCAGCCGAUCGAAGAUUUGAAGUAUGUCGAGUAUGACCCAUCGGCGGACACUUGCUGCACUACGCGAACCCUGUUGAUAACGAUUGCCAUUAUAAUCGGCCUGAUUGCGUCGAUCAUUUAUUUCACAGUUGCGCACUCGUAA